AUGCCUGAACACGACUUGUUUUCUUGGACUGCAAUGCUUGCAGCAUAUGCCAAAUCUGGGUAUUUGCAGCAGGCAAAGAGAACUUUCGAUCAAAUGAAAGAGCGUGACAUUGUCUCAUGGAAUGCAAUGUUAACAGCAUACUCCAACUACCAGUUGUUAAAAGAGGCCAAGAAUACUUUUGAUAUGAUGCCAGAGCAUAAUAUCAUCUCCUGGAGUGCCAUGCUUAUUGUAUAUGCCCAAUCUGGUUAUCUAUUCGAGGCUAGAGAUAUCUUUGAUCGGAUGCCUGAACGUGACCUCGUGUCCUGGACGGUGAUGCUUGUAUCCUAUUCUGAGAAUCUCAAGCCUCACGAGGCAAAAUUUAUAUUUGACCAAAUGCCAGAGCAAGACGUGGUAUCUUGGACCGCGAUGCUUGCCGCAUAUACCCAUGCAAGGCAUGUAGAACAAGCUCGUCACAUCUUUGAUUCCAUGCGCGAGCGAAAUUUGAUCUCUUGGACGACGAUGCUCCUGGCUUGCACAAACGUUGGGAAUCUUGACCAAGCACAGGGAAUCUUUGAUUCUAUGCCGGAGAGAGACAUAGUAUCAUGGAAUGCACUUAUUGCGGCAUAUGCCGAGAGAGGGCAGCUUGAUCAUGCCAAGCGGCUCUUUAGUUCGAUGGCACGCUGGGAUCGCGUCUCGUGCACCGCCAUCCUCCGUGGCUUUGCGAUCUCCGGCGCAAUUGAGGAGGCCAAGGUGGCGUUUGAUUCCAUGCAAGAGAAGGAUCUAGUAGCGUGGAACUCGAUGCUUUUGGCAUAUGCCCGGAACAAUCACCUAGGCGAGGCGGAGGCCUUCUUCUUGGUGAUGCCCGACCGCGACGUCGUCUCGUGGACGGUCAUGAUCUCCGCCUACGCCAUCAACGGCCAGCCCGCGUCAGCCAGGCGCGUGUUUGAUUCCAUGCCCGAGCAGGACCCCGUGACGCAGACUGCGAUGCUCUCAGUACUUGCCCAGAAUGGCCAUAUGGAAGAUGCUCACAGGAUCUUUCAGGGCAUGGGCGACGGGCACAACCUCGUGGCGUGGAACGCGAUGCUCGACGGCUACGCCCGGGCCGGCGCCGCGCUGCAAGCCCUAGAGCUAUUCCACGAGAUGAAAGCGUUCGAUCUUCAGGAUGGGGGAUCGUUCGUGAGCGCGCUCACGGGAUGCGCGCAUUUGGGGGAUUUGUGCAGGGGAUUGAGCUAUUUCGCGUCGAUGGUGGUCGAUUUCAGCCUGGAUCCCAAGAGCCAACACUACUGCUGCGUGGUGGAUCUCCUGGCGCGCGCCGGGCACGUUGAGGAUGCCGAGGAUCUCGUCGAGAACAUGCCCUUCGUCCCCUAG